AAUUCCCAGCAACCACAUGUUGACUGACGACCAUCUAUAAUGAGAUCUGAUGAUCUCUCCUGGUGUGUCUGAAGAUAGCUACUGUAUACUUAUAUAUAAUAAGUACUUCUUAGUAAGUCCAGACAUUUCUAUAAUCCAUGAAUCUCCUAAGUGACUUUACCCUCAGGAAAAUGCAUGCAAUUUUUAUCUACCUUUGGACACUGCUAUUUUAGGAUCCUGUAUGAGAGAAUCUCCUUGGUUUCUCUAUUUCAUGUGUAUUUACACUAAGGAGAAAUUGUGGCUAUGUAGCAGUUUGUAAUAUGUUCAUCAAAUUUGUCUUAUGAGAAUAGAGCAUUUUCUAUUUGAUUCUAUGAGGGUAUGUUGAAAGCUCUUCAUCUAGAAAAACAAGUGUUUUUCCCAAUUAUCCAGCAUUUUUAGAUGCAGGGAGUCAAUUACUGUAUAUUUCCAUUUAAGUUCUUCUUUAUGGAUUUUAAAAUAAUAUAAACUUAUAUUCUUUGUGCCACAUUCAAACAGUUAAAAUAUUGUAGUGCUUUACUUAGAUAUUUCCAUAUCCAGUCUGAGGAUGCUUUAUCACUGUGAGCUGCUCAAGGUUAAGAAACCUGUUUCUAUAUAACCUAUAGCCCUAUAGUGAGGGGCUGUGUGAAUGAAGAGUGGCAAUUUAAUGAUUUUUGAAUGUGACUCAGUGGACCAAUGUGUUUCUAUAAAGCAGUUUCACCGGUUCUAUGGUAUGGACAGUGCUAGCAAUUAAAUUGCCAUUUAUUUGUAAAUGAAAAAUGUGCAUUUUGUGAUUCCCCACAAUGGAAGAGUAAGACUGUUAGAAGGGGCCUCAUUAAUAUUAAUAAUCAUCUUAAACUAGAAGCAGAAUAAUUGACUGAUAGUGAAUUAAGCUUAGUCUCAACAAGAACAAGGUCAAGUUUGUCAGUUAAUGAUUUUCUCUUAAUCUAGGCUAGCAUAAAUAUUUUAACUUCUUGAUGGUAUCCUAUUAAGUUGUAAAUAGGCAUAUAAGAGAUAUUUUAUAUUUAAUAAUUUUGAUUUUCAUGUGUCAAUAUCCUGUAAUUCCUACAGAACAUUGUUGAUUUGAAAGCAUGCAUCCUAAAAGAAUAGAGUUAAUUUCGAGACCAAAUAAAAAGUAAACUCUCUUCUCUGCAUUGCAGGGAGAAUCGGGAAGUAAAUUCCAUAUAAUACCUAAGAAGAUCCAGAACAUUUUUAGAAAAUCUGGAGUUUAUGUGUGUUCUCGAGGAGAGCCAGUACCUGAUGUAUGGAAAGCAAAAAAAUCCAUAAUGGAUGAAAAAUAUAAAACAGAUAAUUUCUAUGCGGUGUCUUCUGAGCAUAGAAAUUCUAUUCCUAAGGAUACUGCUGAUCGUGAAGCUUCCACCUCUACUGCUGACAGCCUGGAUGCUGCCGAGCCUGACCCAACAAAUUCUACAAAUGCUACUGACUGUCUGGCUGCUCUUGAGCGUGAGCUGACUAAUUCCAACAACACUGCUGACUGUCUGGCUGACCUUGAGCCUGAUCCGACGAUUUCUACCAAUGCCGCUGACUUUCAGGCUGCUGUUGCACCAGAGCCAACUAUGUCCACCCACCCUGCUGACUGUCUGCCUGAUGUGGAACCAGAGCCAACUAUGUCCACCCACCCUGCUGACACUCUGGCUGCUCUUGAGCCUGAGCUGACUACUUUCAACAACACUGCUGACUGUCUGGCUGACCUUGAGCCUGAGCCAAACAUGUCCACCCACCCUGCUGACAGUCUGCCUGAUGUGGAACCAGAGCCAACUAUGUCCACCCACCCUGCUGACACUCUGGCUGCUCUUGAGCCUGAGCUGACCAAUUUCAACAACACUGCUGACUGUCUGGCUGACCUUGAGCCUGAUCCGACUAUUUCUACCAAUGCCGCUGACUUUCAGGCUGCUGUUGCACCAGAGCCUGCUAUGUCCACGUACCCUGCUGACUGUCUGCCAGAUGUGGAACCAGAGCCAACUAUGUCCACCCACCCUGCUGACACUCUGGCUGCUCUUGAGCCUGAGCUGACUAAUUCCAACAACACUGCUGACUGUCUGGCUGACCUUGAGCCUGAUCCGACGAUUUCUACCAAUGCCGCUGACUUUCAGGCUGCUGUUGCACCAGAGCCUGCUAUGUCCACCAACCCUGCUGACAGUAUGGCAGCUGUUGAGCCUGAGCCGACUAUGUCCACCCACCCUGCUGACAUUCUGACUGCUGACGAGCCUGAACAUAAUAAUUCUACCAAAGCUGCUGACUGUCGGGCUGACCUUGAGCCUGAGCCAAACAUGUCCACCCACCCUGCUGACAGUCUGCCUGAUGUGGAACCAGAGCCAACUAUGUCCACCCACCCUGCUGACACUCUGGCUGCUCUUGAGCCUGAGCUGACGAAUUUCAACAACACUGCUGACUGUCUGGCUGACCUUGAGCCUGAUCCGACUAUUUCUACCAAUGCCGCUGACUUUCAGGCUGCUGUUGCACCAGAGCCAACUAUGUCCACCUACCCUGCUGACUGUCUGCCAGAUGUGGAACCAGAGCCAACUAUGUCCACCCACCCUGCUGACACUCUGGCUGCUCUUGAGCCUGAGCUGACUAAUUCCAACAACACUGCUGACUGUCUGGCUGACCUUGAGCCUGAUCCCACGAUUUCUACCAAUGCCGCUGACUUUCAGGCUGCUGUUGCACCAGAGCCUGCUAUGUCCACCUACCCUGCUGACUGUCUGCCAGAUGUGGAACCAGAGCCAACUAUGUCCACCCACCCUUCUGACACUCUGGCUGCUCUUGAGCCUGAGCUGACUAAUUCCAACAACACUGCUGAGUGUCUGGCUGACCUUGAGCCUGAUCCGACGAUUUCUACCAAUGCCGCUGACUUUCAGGCUGCUGUUGCACCAGAGCCUGCUAUGUCCACCAACCCUGCUGAAAGUAUGGCAGCUGUUGAGCCUGAGCCGACUAUGUCCACCCACCCUGCUGACAUUCUGACUGCUGAUGAGCCUGAACAUAAUAAUUCUACCAAAGCUGCUGACUGCCUGGCUGACCUUGAGCCUGAGCCAAACAUGUCCACCCACCCUGCUGACAGUCUGCCUGAUGUGGAACCAGAGCCAACUAUGUCCACCCACCCUGCUGACACUCUGGCUGCUCUUGAGCCUGAGCUGACCAAUUUCAACAACACUGCUGACUGUCUGGCUGACCUUGAGCCUGAUCCGACUAUUUCUACCAAUGCCGCUGACUUUCAGGCUGCUGUUGCACCAGAGCCAACUAUGUCCACCCACCCUGCUGACUGUCUGCCUGAUGUGGAACCAGAGCCAACUAUGUCCACCCACCCUGCUGACACUCUGGCUGCUCUUGAGCCUGAGCUGACUAAUUUCAACAACACUGCUGACUGUCUGGCUGACCUUGAGCCUGAUCCGACUAUUUCUACCAAUGCCGCUGACUUUCAGGCUGCUGUUGCACCAGAGCCUGCUAUGUCCACCAACCCUGCUGACAGUAUGGCAGCUGUUGAGCCUGAGCCGACUAUGUCCACCCACCCUGCUGACAUUCUGACUGCUGACGAGCCUGAACAUAAUAAUUCUACCAAAGCUGCUGACUGUCGGGCUGACCUUGAGCCUGAGCCAAACAUGUCCACCCACCCUGCUGACAGUCUGCCUGAUGGGGAACCAGAGCCAACUAUGUCCACCCACCCUGCUGACACUCUGGCUGCUCUUGAGCCUGAGCUGACGAAUUUCAACAACACUGCUGACUGUCUGGCUGACCUUGAGCCUGAUCCGACUAUUUCUACCAAUGCCGCUGACUUUCAGGCUGCUGUUGCACCAGAGCCAACUAUGUCCACCUACCCUGCUGACUGUCUGCCAGAUGUGGAACCAGAGCCAACUAUGUCCACCCACCCUGCUGACACUCUGGCUGCUCUUGAGCCUGAGCUGACUAAUUCCAACAACACUGCUGACUGUCUGGCUGACCUUGAGCCUGAUCCGACGAUUUCUACCAAUGCCGCUGACUUUCAGGCUGCUGUUGCACCAGAGCCUGCUAUGUCCACAUACCCUGCUGACUGUCUGCCAGAUGUGGAACCAGAGCCAACUAUGUCCACCCACCCUUCUGACACUCUGGCUGCUCUUGAGCCAGAGCUGACUAAUUCCAACAACACUGCUGACUGUCUGGCUGACCUUGAGCCUGAUCCGACUAUUUCUACCAAUGCCGCUGACUGUCGGGCUGCUGUUGCACCAGAACCCGCUAUGUCCACCAACCCUGCUGACAGUAUGGCAGCUGUUGAGCCUGAGCCGACUAUGUCCACCCACCCUGCUGACAUUCUGACUGCUGACGAGCCUGAACAUAAUACUUCUACCAAAGCUGCUGACUGUCGGGCUGACCUUGAGCCUGAGCCAAACAUGUCCACCCACCCUGCUGACAGUCUGCCUGAUGUGGAACCAGAGCCAACUAUGUCCACCCACCCUGCUGACACUCUGGCUGCUCUUGAGCCUGAGCUGACCAAUUUCAACAACACUGCUGACUGUCUGGCUGACCUUGAGCCUGAUCCGACUAUUUCUACCAAUGCCGCUGACUUUCAGGCUGCUGUUGCACCAGAGCCAACUAUGUCCACCUACCCUGCUGACUGUCUGCCAGAUGUGGAACCAGAGCCAACUAUGUCCACCCACCCUGCUGACACUCUGGCUGCUCUUGAGCCUGAGCUGACUAAUUUCAACAACACUGCUGACUGUCUGGCUGACCUUGAGCCUGAUCCGACUAUUUCUACCAAUGCCGCUGACUGUCGGGCUGCUGUUGCACCAGAGCCUGCCAUGUCCACCAACCCUGCUGACAGUAUGGCAGCUGUUGAGCCUGAGCCGACUAUGUCCACCCACCCUGCUGACAUUCUGACUGCUGACGAGCCUGCACAUAAUACUUCUACCAAAGCUGCUGACUGUCGGGCUGACCUUGAGCCUGAGCCAAACAUGUCCACCCACCCUGCUGACAGUCUGCCUGAUGUGGAACCAGAGCCAACUAUGUCCAAUCACCCUGCUGACACACUGGCUGCUCUUGAGCCUGAGUCGACUAAAUCCUCCAAUGCUGCUGACUGUCUGGCCUAUGUUGAGCCAGAGCCAGCUAUGUCCACCCACCGUGCCGACAGUCUGGCUGCUCUUGAGCGUGAGCUGACUAAUUCCAACAACACUGCUGACUGUCUGGCUGACCUUGAGCCUGAUCCGACGAUUUCUACCAAUGCCGCUGACUGUCGGGCUGCUGUUGCACCAGAGCCCGCUAUGUCCACCAACCCUGCUGACAGUAUGGCAGCUGUUGAGCCUGAGCCGACUAUGUCCACCCACCCUGCUGACAUUCUGACUGCUGACGAGCCUGCACAUAAUACUUCUACCAAAGCUGCUGACUGUCUGGCUGACCUUGAGCCUGAGCCAAACAUGUCCACCCACCCUGCUGACAGUCUGCCUGAUGUGGAACCAGAGCCAACUAUGUCCACCCACCCUGCUGACACUCUGGCUGCUCUUGAGCCUGAGCUGACCAAUUUCAACAACACUGCUGACUGUCUGGCUGACCUUGAGCCUGAUCCGACUAUUUCUACCAAUGCCGCUGACUUUCAGGCUGCUGUUGCACCAGAGCCAACUAUGUCCACCCACCCUGCUGACUGUCUGCCUGAUGUGGAACCAGAGCCAACUAUGUCCACCCACCCUGCUGACACUCUGGCUGCUCUUGAGCCAGAGCUGACUAAUUCCAACAACACUGCUGACUGUCUGGCUGACCUUGAGCCUGAUCCGACUAUUUCUACCAAUGCCGCUGACUGUCGGGCUGCUGUUGCACCAGAGCCCGCUAUGUCCACCAACCCUGCUGACAGUAUGGCAGCUGUUGAGCCUGAGCCGACUAUGUCCACCCACCCUGCUGACAUUCUGACUGCUGACGAGCCUGAACAUAAUACUUCUACCAAAGCUGCUGACUGUCGGGCUGACCUUGAGCCUGAGCCAAACAUGUCCACCCACCCUGCUGACAGUCUGCCUGAUGUGGAACCAGAGCCAACUAUGUCCACCCACCCUGCUGACACUCUGGCUGCUCUUGAGCCUGAGCUGACCAAUUUCAACAACACUGCUGACUGUCUGGCUGACCUUGAGCCUGAUCCGACUAUUUCUACCAAUGCCGCUGACUUUCAGGCUUCUGUUGCACUAGAGCCAACUAUGUCCACCUACCCUGCUGACUGUCUGCCUGAUGUGGAACCAGAGCCAACUAUGUCCACCCACCCUGCUGACACUCUGGCUGCUCUUGAGCCUGAGCUGACUAAUUCCAACAACACUGCUGACUGUCUGGCUGACCUUGAGCCUGAUCCGACUAUUUCUACCAAUGCCGCUGACUGUCGGGCUGCUGUUGCACCAGAGCCCGCUAUGUCCACCAACCCUGCUGACAGUAUGGCAGCUGUUGAGCCUGAGCCGACUAUGUCCACCCACCCUGCUGACAUUCUGACUGCUGACGAGCCUGAACAUAAUACUUCUACCAAAGCUGCUGACUGUCGGAAUGACCUUGAGCCUGAGCCAAACAUGUCCACCCACCCUGCUGACAGUCUGCCUGAUGUGGAACCAGAGCCAACUAUGUCCACCCACCCUGCUGACACUCUGGCUGCUCUUGAGCCUGAGCUGACCAAUUUCAACAACACUUCUGACUGUCUGGCUGACCUUGAGCCUGAUCGGACUAUUUCUACCAAUGCCGCUGACUUUCAGGCUGCUGUUGCACUAGAGCCAACUAUGUCCACCUACCCUGCUGACUGUCUGCCUGAUGUGGAACCAGAGCUAACUAUGUCCACCCACCCUGCUGACAUUCUGACUGCUGACGAGCCUGCACAUAAUACUUCUACCAAAGCUGCUGACUGUCUGGCUGACCUUGAGCCUGAGCCAAACAUGUCCACCCACCCUGCUGACAGUCUGCCUGAUGUGGAACCAGAGCCAACUAUGUCCAAUCACCCUGCUGACACACUGGCUGCUCUUGAGCCUGAGUCGACUAAAUCCUCCAAUGCUGCUGACUGUCUGGCCUAUGUUGAGCCAGAGCCAGCUAUGUCCACCCACCAUGCCGACAGUCUGGCUGCUCUUGAGCAUGAGCUGUCUCAUGCCAACAAAGAUGCUGACUGUCUGGCUUCUCUCAAGGCUGAGCUGAUUAAUUCCACCAAUGCUACUGAUUGUCUGGCUUCUGUUGGGACUGAGACAACCAUGUCCACCCAGCCUACUGACAAUUUGGCAGCUGUUGAGCCUGAACAUAAUUCCACCAAUACUGCUGACGGUAAGGACUCUGUUGAACAAGAGCCAUCUAAGCCCACCUACCGUGCCGACAGUCUGGCUGCUCUUGAGCAUGAGCUGACUAAUUCCAACAACACUGCUGACUGUCUGGCUUCUCAGAAGGCUGAGUCAAUUGAUUCUACCAAUGCUACUGAUUGUUUGGGUUCUGUUGGGACUGAGACAACUAUGUCCACCCACCCGGCUGACAAUAUGGCUACUGAUGAGCUUGAGGCUACACAUUCCACCAAUGCUGCUUACUUUCUGGCGGCUCUUGAGCCCCAGUCGACUAAUUCCUCCAAUGCUGCUGAUAUUCUGGCUUCUGUUGGGUCUGAGACAACCAUGUCUACCCACCUUGCUGAUAUUCCUAUUGCUCAUGAGCCUGACCAUAAUGAUUCUACCAAUGCUGCUGACAGUCUGGACUCCGUUGAGCCAGAGCCAGCUAUGUCCACCCACCAUGCCGACAGUCUGGCUGCUCUUGAGCAUGAGCUGUCUCAUGCCAACAAAGCUGCUGACUGUCUGGCUUCUCUCAAGGCUGAGCCAACCAUGUCCACCCAGCCUGCUGACAGUUCGGCAGCUGUUGAGCCUGAGCCUACAAUUUCCACCAGAGCUGCUGAUUUUCUGGCUACUGUUCUGCCAGAGCUAACUAGGUCAAACCACCCUGCUGACUGUCUGGACUCUGUUCAGCCUGAGUCAUCUAUGUCCACACACCCUGCUGACAAUAUGGCUACUGAUGAGCUUGAGCCUACAAAUUCGACCAACGCUGCUUACUGUCUGGCUGCUCUUGAGCCUGAGUCGACUAAAUCCUCCAAUGCUGCUGACUGUCUGGCCUAUGUUGAGCCAGAGCCAGGUAUGUCCACCCACCGUGCCGACAGUCUGGCUGCUCUUGAGCAUGAGCUGUCUCAUGCCAACAAAGAUGCUGACUGCCUGCCUUCUCUCAAGACUGAGCUGAUUAAUUCCAUCAAUGCUACUGAUUGUCUGGCUUCUUUUGGGACUGAGACAACCAUGUCCACGCAGCCUACUGACAGUGUGGCAGCUGUUGAGCCUGAACAUAAUAGUUCCACCAAUGCUGCUGAUGGUCUGGGCUCUGUUGAACAAGAGCCAGCUAAUCCCACCCACCGUUCCAACAGUCUGGCUGCUCUUGAGCAUGAGCUGACUAAUUCCAACAACACUGCUGACUGUCUGGCUUCUCAGAAGGCUGAGUCAAUUGAUUCUACCAAUGCUACUGAUUGUUUGGCUUCUGUUGGGACUGAGACAACUAUGUCCACCCACCCUGCUGACAAUAUGGCUACGGAUGAGCUUGAGCCUACACAUUCCACCAAUGCUGCUUACUUUCUGGUCGCUCUUGAGCCCCAGUCGACUAAUUCCUCCAAUACUGCUGAUAUUCUGGCUUCUGUUGGGUCUGAGACAACCAUGUCUACCCACCUUGCUGAUAUUCCUAUUGCUCAUGAGCCUGACUAUAAUGAUUCUACCAAUGCUGCUGACAGUCUGGACUCCGUUGAGCCAGAGCCAGCUAUGUCCACCCACCAUGCCGACAGUCUGGCUGCUCUUGAGCAUGAGCUGUCUCAUGCCAACAAAGCUGCUGACUGUCUGGCUUCUCUCAAGGCUGAGCCAACCAUGUCCACCCAGCCUGCUGACAGUUCGGCAGCUGUUGAGCCUGAGCCUACAAUUUCCACCAGAGCUGCUGAUUUUCUGGCUACUGUUCUGCCAGAGCUAACUAGGUCAAACCACCCUGCUUACUGUCUGGACUCUGUUCAGCCUGAGUCAUCUAUGUCUACACACCCUGCUGAUAAUAUGGCUACUGAUGAGCUUGAGCCUACAAAUUCGACCAACGCUGCUUACUGUCUGGCUGCUCUUGAGCCUAAGUCGACUAAAUCCUCCAAUUCUGCUGACUGUCUGGCCUAUGUUGAGCCAGAGCCAGGUAUGUCCACCCACCGUGCCGACAGUCUGGCUGCUCUUGAGCAUGAGCUGUCUCAUGUCAACAAAGAUGCUGACUGUCUGGCUUCUCUCAAGGCUGAGCUGAUUAAUUCCAUCAAUGCUACUGAUUGUCUGGCUUCUGUUGGGACUGAGACAACCAUGUCCACCCAGCCUACUGACAGUUUGGCAGCUGUUGAGCCUGAACAUAAUUCCACCAAUGCUGCUGACGGUCUGGACUCUGUUGAACAAGAGCCAGCUAAGCCCACCCACCGUGCCGACAGUCUGGCUGCUCUUGAGCAUGAGCUGACUAAUUCCAACAACACUGCUGACUGUCUGGCUUCUCAGAAGGCUGAGUCAAUUGAUUCUACCAAUGCUUCUGAUUGUUUGGCUUCUGUUGGGACUGAGACAACUAUGUCCACCCACCCUGCUGACAAUAUGGCUACUGAUGAGCUUGAGCCUACACAUUCCACCAAUGCUGCUUACUGUCUGGCUGCUCUUGAGCCUGAGUCGACUAAAUCCUCCAGUGCUGCUGACUGCCUGGCCUAUGUUGAGCCAGAGCCAGCUAUGUCCACCCACCGUGCCGACAGUCUGGCUGCUCUUGAGCAUGAGCUGUCUCAUGCCAACAAAGAUGCUGGCUGUCUGGCUUCUCUCCAGGCUGAGCUGAUUAAUUCCACCAAUGCUACUGAUUGUCUGGCUUCUGUUGGGACUGAGACAACCAUGUCCACCCAGCCUGCUGACAGUUUGGCAGCUGUUGAGCCUGAACAUAAUAAUUCUACCAAUGCUGCUGACGGUCUGGACUCUAUUGAACAAGAGCCAGCUAUGCCCACCCCCCGUUCCGACAGUCUGGCUGCUCUUGAGCAUGAGCUGUCUCAUGCCAAUAAAGCUGCUGACUGUCUGGCUUCUCUCAAGGCUGAGCCAACCAUGUCCACCCAGCCUGCUGACACUUUGGCAUCUGUUGAGCCUGAGCCUACUUUUUCCACCAAAGCUGCUGAUUGUCUGGCUACUGUUCAGCCUGAGCUAACUAGGUCAAACCACCCUGCUGACUGUCUGGAUUCUGUUCAGCCUGAGUCAUCUAUGUCCCCACACCCUGCUGACAGUUUGGUAGCUAUUGAGCCUGAACUGACUAAUUCCACCAAAGCUGCUGACUGUCUGGACUCUGCUGAGCCAGAGCCAACUAUGGCCACCCACCAUGCUGACAUUCUGACUGCUGUUGAGCCUGAACAUACUAAUUGCUCCAGUACUGCUGACUGUCUGCCUGCUGUUCAGCCUGAGUCCAGUAUGUCCACCCACCCUGCUGACAGUAUGGCUGCUAUUGAUGCUGAGCCUACAGAUCCUGCCAUUGUUGCUGACUGUCUGGCUGCUCUUGAACCUCGGCUGUCUGUUACAUGUGCUGCUGACAGUAGUGUGUUAGUUGAGAGUCAUGACUCAGGACCAGCUAGUCACAUUGGAUUGGAUUAUGUAGUUGAUUUACCUCUUUACAAGGAGAGUACAAGGUACAAACCCCAUGCUGACCCAGAGCCCACUCCUGGUUCCUGCACUUGUUAUUCCCUUGACUCCAUUCAAAUGACUAACCUGACUCUUUUGAUAUCCCUUAGUGAAGAAGAAAUAUUUGAUUCUGCUACUUCAGAUGAGGAAUCUUCUUUUACUCCUGACGUAGAAGAAGGUCUGCCUGCUACUCAGGGUGCUGAGGAUAUUUUUCAUGCUUCCGCACGAGCUGAACCAAUAAACCACAGCUUGAUCCUUCUCAGGGAGAGUGGAUAUCUUCGGGCAACAGAGAUACCACGCAUACCUUUUUUGCUCUUCAUAUGGCUUAUAUCCUCACUCUUAUCCAUCAUAACAUGGAUGAAAAUCCAAAUUCAACAAGCAUGGCAUGAAGAAAAUGGCCAAGGAGCUCCCACUAAGAAGAGAGUCGGACCAGGUAAGUUAAACUAAAAUAGUAGCUUAAAAUAGAUUAAGAUUGUUUUACUAGAAACCUAGGUCUCUUUUGUUAAUAAAUUUCAUACUUCUAUAGGGCUAUUUACGCAUAACCUAGAACCUGAAAACUUUAUUUUUCUCAAUUUAUAGAAAAUAAUUUUCAUAAUGUAACAAAUCCAGUUUAGAGAAAUACAACUGACCAGGUAAUAUUUUUUCCUACUUGGAUGUUUCCUAUUCUAGAAUGAGGAGAUUAUUGUCACUUCCAGUGAAAACAUGUGUUUCCUGAAUGACUAAGCCGGGAAAACUUCCUGUUAAAUGUUAUUGUCUAUUUAUCGCUGUCAUUCUGAACUCUGACUUCUGAAGUUAGCAUAGCCUUUGACCGCAACAUUCCAAAAGAAGCAACUUCUGAGAUUAAAAAUAACAAGAGAAGCAUCCACCUUCUCACUGUUUCUCUCUACAUUGAUAUGUCUACAUUGAUAUCUACAUGAUAAUGACACUGAUGUUGUUGAUGCUGGGCAUGACAAUAUCACCAGAGAUGUGCCUGAUGAUACUGUUAAUAAUUCUUCUUUUUCUUCUAGUGGCUGCGGCUCCUGAUCCCUAGACCCUUGAUGCUCCUCCAGGAUCGAUUGGAAUAUCAAAACACAGUCUGUGUGGGAGAAUUGAUCAUAUAUAUAAAUUUUAAAAUAAAAUGUUCAGUCUGAUUGUAGACUGAAGUAA